UGGCGCUCUGAGGAACAGAACCAGAGCGAGGUGCGCUCGGCACCACCUACCGCUUCCCAUGCUCACCUGUGCACCGCGUCUCUUUAUCGAACCUGUCUGAGGUGUGGGCUGCUGGAGGCGGGGAAAAUGAAGUACCAGAAAUACAUUACGGUCAUGCAGAUGGCAAUGGGAGUCACAGCGUCCAACAAAGACGACUGCAUCCCUCCCAAAAGACAGCUGUGGGUGCCCCCUAGCUCCGACGCUGCCACCUCCUCCGGGGCGGUGCCCCCUGUGCCGGCGGUGAGCCAGGGUAAGCCAUCGCUGCGCAGGAUCAAGGGUCGAAUGCACCGCAGCAAGAGCCUGGACAGCAUGGACCUGGCGGACGGCCCUAGUGCAGCCAUGGAGGAAACAGUUAUAUGGGAGCAGCACACAGUGACUCUGCACAGGGCCCCGGGAUUCGGGUUUGGUAUAGCCAUUUCAGGUGGACGGGACAACCCUCAUUUUCAGAGUGGUGAGACCUCCAUCGUCAUCUCAGAUGUUCUCAAAGGAGGGCCGGCAGAGGGGCUACUACACGAGAAUGACAGAGUGGUGAUGGUGAACGCCGUCUCCAUGGACAACGUGGAGCACGCCUAUGCCGUUCAGCAACUGAGGAAGAGUGGCAAAAAUGCAAAAAUUACGGUCCGGCGUAAACGGAAGGUCCAGAUUCCGGUGGCUCGGCUCGGCGACAGGGAGACGAUGUCCGAGCGCGAAGAAGACACGGAAGAUGAAGAAUACGCAGGACCCGGCGCUGGCGCAGGCUCGAGCAAACGCACCGAUCGAAGCGGCAGCUUGGGACGGAGGGAGCACAGCGCCUCGCCUCGCUCCGACAGACGCUCCGUCUCUUCCGGCGGCCCUCUGCGACCGUCUAAAGUAACGCUAGUCAAGUCACGCAAGGCUGAAGAGUACGGCCUGCGUCUAGCGAGUCACAUAUUCGUGAAGGACAUCACACCUGAAAGCCUGGCAGCUCGUGACGGAAACAUACAGGAGGGCGACGUCGUGCUGAAGAUUAACGGCACAGUGACAGAAAAUCUAUCACUGACUGACGCAAAGAAACUGAUAGAGCGCUCGAAAGGCAAGCUGAAGAUGGUGGUGCAGCGAGACGAGAGAGCGACGCUGCUAAACAUUCCCGACGUCGAUGACAGCAUUCCUUCUGGCAACUCUGACAGAGACGAUAUUUCAGAGAUCCAUUCCCUGACGUCAGAUCAUUCCCAUGAGCAGUUGCGUAGCAGUCGUUUAUCACCGGACAAGCGCUCCGAUCCAUCGGACAUCUCUCGCCAGUCUCCCCAGCAGAUCAGCAAUGGAAGCCACAGGAGUCGUGACGAGGAGAGGAUCUCAAAGCCCCCGAUCGUGUCCUCACCUGUGAAGAUGGUGGAGGACGCACUGCUCGUGCCAUCCGUCGAUCAGACAGGAGAAAAGCAGAUCCCCCCACUGCCAGAGCCGAAGCCUGUGUACGCUCAGCCUGGCCAACCAGAUGUAGAUCUGCCCGUCAGUCCGUCUGAUGCCCCCGUGCCCAGCCCUGCCCAUGAUGACAGCAUCCUGCGGCCCAGCAUGAAGCUUGUAAAGUUCCGGAAAGGAGAGAGCGUGGGGUUGAGGCUUGCUGGAGGAAAUGACGUGGGGAUCUUUGUUGCUGGAGUUCUGGAGGACAGCCCCGCUGCCAAAGAGGGUCUGGAGGAGGGAGAUCAGAUACUCAGGGUAAACAAUGUCGACUUUGCAAACAUCAUUCGAGAGGAAGCAGUGCUGUUCCUGCUGGACCUACCCAGAGGGGAAGAGGUCACCAUCCUAGCACAGCAGAAAAAAGAUGUGUAUCGACGCAUCGUGGAGUCCGACGUGGGCGACUCCUUCUACAUUCGGACCCAUUUCGAGUACGAGAAGGAGUCUCCGUACGGCCUGAGCUUCAACAAGGGCGAGGUGUUCCGGGUGGUGGACACGCUGUACAACGGCAAGCUGGGAUCCUGGCUCGCCAUCCGCAUCGGCAAGAACCACCAGGAAGUGGAGAGAGGCAUAAUCCCUAACAAGAACAGGGCCGAGCAGCUGUCCAGCGUACAGUACACCCUGCCGAAAACCGCGGGUGGCGACCGCGCCGAUUUCUGGAGAUUCCGCGGCCUGCGCAGCUCCAAGCGGAACCUGAGGAAGAGCCGAGAGGACCUGUCCGCUCAGCCUGUGCAGACCAAGUUCCCUGCUUACGAAAGGGUCGUCCUGAGAGAAGCUGGAUUCCUGAGGCCGAUAGUGGUCUUCGGGCCAAUCGCUGACGUAGCUCGAGAGAAACUGGCCAGAGAGGUACCUGAUAUGUUCGAACUAGCGAAAACACAGCGCCCUGGAGAGGGGGAAAAGAGUGAACCCAGAGACGCAGGAACGGAUCAGCGCAGCUCCGGAAUCAUCCGCCUGCACACCAUCAAACAGAUCAUCGAUAAGGAUAAGCAUGCAGUGUUGGAUAUCACGCCCAAUGCGGUGGACAGACUGAACUACGCACAGUGGUACCCCAUUGUCGUUUUCCUGAACCCGGACAGUAAGCAGGGGGUGAAGAACAUGAGGACGAGACUGUGCCCAGAGUCAAGAAAGAGUGCCAGGAAACUGUACGAGCGUGCCCUCAAACUGAGGAAGAACAACCUUCACCUCUUCACCUCCACAAUAAACAUGAACAAUUUGAACGAAGGUUGGUAUGGAGCAUUGAAGGAGACCAUCCAGCAGCAGCAGAAUCAGCUGGUUUGGGUUUCAGAGGGCAAGGCGGAGGGCACAUCCGAAGACGACCUGGACCUGCACGACGACCGUCUGUCCUACCUGUCGGCUCCGGGCAGCGAGUACAGCAUGUACAGCACGGACAGCCGGCACACGUCCGACUACGAGGACACGGACACCGAGGGCGGAGCCUACACCGACCACGAGCUGGACGAGACGCUCAACGACGAGCCACUGAACGACGACGUCGGGCCCCUCUGCGCCCCGGCCAUCAGCCGCUCUUCCGAGCCGGUCAUCGAUCAACCGCCCGGCUACGACACGCUCACCCGCAUCGAACCCGCCUCCUUCAAGAACCCCACCAUACCACACCAGAAAGCUGAGGUCGCUCCCCCAGAGCCGGCACCCCCCGCUACCCACCUUAACGUAGCGCUUCUGAGUCCGAUGGAGGGCGGCGUCGGACCGGGGGAGAUCACGCCCCCGGCUUCCGAGCCAAGCCAAUCAGAGCCCAAGCAGCUCUAUCAGAAAGAGAUCUACAGUAUGGACGAACCAGCACGUCUGAGCCCCGGGCCAAAGCAGCCCGCCUACAAUUCUCAGCAGCCGGCCUUCAACCCUCAGCAGCCCUUUUACCAAGACGACCAGCCAUACAGAGAUUACGAUGAUCACCAGCUCUACCGAUACGAAGGUGCUUACGGAGACCCCAAAACUCGCCAUUUCGACUCCAGCUUGCGGGAGCAGUGGCCCGCGCCAAACGGCCGGCAAAUGCCGCCUCAGCCCGUCGACUACAGCCCGGCGCGGCCUCGCUACGGAAAGCCCGGCCUCCCGCCCGUACGCCACGAUGAACCCCCGACCGUGCUCUCACGUUACGACCAGGAAGCUCCACCCCUCUCUUCGCCAGCGUCCCGCUCUCCGGAACCGCCGAAACAGUAUUACGAGGCUGCUCCUGUGUCAAAGCCCACCCAGAACAGAGGCAACAUGAACUCAGACGUUACACCCCCUCCUAAAUUUGACACCCUCCCACCAGAAACAGAGACUGUCAACAAGCCUCUUCCGCCUCCAUCGCAAGAGACGGAGGAGGACCCGGCCAUGAAGCCUCAGUCGGUCCUGACCCGAGUCAAGAUGUUCGAGAACAAGCGCUCUGUGUCGGUGGAUCGGAUGAGAGAGAACGCCGACUCCGCCCUGAGGUCAGCAGAUAUGGUUCCUAAACCUGGUGCAGCUUCCGUGCCUAAAGCUAACUCUCUAAACAGCCUUGACCAAGAAAAGACCUACAGAGCCCCCGAGCCCCAGCAGCCACAGUCGAGAGACAUCGUCCGGUCGAACCACUACGACCCUGACGAGGACGAGGACUUCUACAGGAAACAGCUGUCGUAUUUCGACCGACGCGGCCUCGACAGCAAACCCACUACACAACCACCAGCUACACCACCACAGCCUGUCAUCAAACCAGCACAACCACAGGCCCAGUCAGGACCCAGCUACCCCAGGACUGAGUCGGUGGAGAAGGUCAGCCCUAUUCCUCAAUUAACCCCAGCUGUUCCGCCCCCUACUCUUCCAAAACCUGCUGCUGCCACUCCUCCUCCAGAACCUCUCGGCUCUCCCAAAGUGAAGCCCCCGGGUCGCGACGACACCGUGCAAAGCAGCUACCUCCCACAGAAGAGCUUUCCCGAGAAAUCUCCCGUCAACGGCACCGGCGCUCCUCCACCCUCCAGCUACAACCGAUACAACCUGCCCAAGCCCUACACCGCCUCGGCCCGGCCCUUCGAACGCAAGUUCGACAGCCCAAAGUUUAACCACAACCUCCUGCCCAACGACGCGCAGCUCAAAGGCUCAACCAACAGCCCGAUUAAAACGCAACCGCAGCCUCCGAAUCUCGACAACGGCACGGACGCUCUCGGACGGCCCGCCAAAUUCCUGAACAACAACAUCAACGCCGUACCCAAGGCCAUCCCUGUCAGCCCGAGUGCUCUGGAGGAUGAUGAGGAAGAUAUGCACACGGUGGUGGCUACAGCGCGGGGCAUUUUUAAUUCGAACGGCGGCGUGCUGAGCUCCAUAGAGACGGGAGUGAGCAUCAUCAUCCCGCAAGGAGCCAUUCCAGACGGCGUCGAGCAGGAGAUCUAUUUCAAAGUGUGUCGGGACAACAGCAUCCUGCCACCACUGGACAAGGAGAAAGGUGAAACCCUGCUGAGUCCGUUGGUGAUGUGCGGCCCACAUGGUCUGAAGUUCCUGAAGCCGGUGGAGCUGCGUCUGCCUCACUGUGCGUCUAUGACUCCUGAUGGUUGGUCUUUUGCUCUAAAAUCCUCCGACUCCUCGUCGGGCGACCCCAAGAACUGGCAGAAUAAAUCCCUCCCCGGCGAUCCAAACUACAUGGUCGGAGCCAACUGCGUUUCUGUGCUGAUCGACCACUUCUGAGGAGCCUGUUAUGGAAUAAGAAACCCAGAUGGACUCAAAUAAAUGCUCGCCCUCUCUCACACAUACACACACACACACACACUCACCCACACACACCAAGAGUCCCACUGCCAUUUAGGGAGGGUGAUGCUGGACAGUGAUAAAUGAAGGAUGAUUGCGCUUUUAUACUGUAAAGGUGGAGACACGGAGGGAGGAUGACUUUCUGAAGUGCUGUUUUUAUUCUAGAGCUCCUUUUUUCUUUCUUUAUUUUGUCACUAAACCAGCCAACAGCAAGUCAAAGAUGCAUUUAGUUGCUUUUCGAUGGACUGCAUGUUCUGCGCCGCUGAGGAUUUAGAAAAUACUAACGUCCCCCGGAAAUCAAGGACUUUUACUACUGAUAUGAACUAUUGAGAUAUUUUUACUACAUACACCAGUAUGCACACAGCAGUAUUUAGAACCAAUCCGAUGGAAUUAUAAUCUAGCGGAAAUAACAAGAAUUGUCGUUUGUGUUUGUGUACGUUUGAAUGAAGUGACUGCCCACACAGUAGGUGCGGAGGGACGAGAGGAAGUGUAGAUGUAGUGCCUAGCAAAAGUGAAGGAACGUGAUGGAGGUGUCACAAAUAAGAAGUGAAACGGCAGGUAAACAAAGCACAGAUUUCCGGAACCGACUGACACGCUGAACAAUAGCCGUUCAUGUACCGGUGGACUUGUGGAGUGUAGCCCAAACGUCCUGCACUCUGAAGAUCUAUGCACAUCAGUCUCAGGUGCUCACACUUCUUGCUCACACACACACACACACACAAUAUCUUUUUCUCUUCCUUCAGCCUUUUUUCUCACCCACUUCUCAUUUCUCACUCGGUCAAGCUCUCACACACUCCUCCUAAUGCACCGAUGCCUUAUUCACUUCUCAAUAUGACAGCGUCUUUACGUUUAUAUUUGUGUUUACCGAUCCUGAGUUGUAAUGAAGUUAGAUCAUGGAGGAAUAAAAGUGAGUUUUGCCAGACCGGCUGCAUGAAGUAAAGCUGAGCUGAGAACAUGCUGAGUGCUCAGGCUUUCUGCUAUGCACACAAUUCCUGACAUCUAAUUGGCUGUACAUAAAUCAAGCAUAUGGCCUUUGUUUCUGCUUCGGAAAUGACUUUUUAUGUCGAAAUUGUUUUGUAUAAAACAUGGUGGAAAAAAGGUUAAAAAUCAAUACAAUAAAGUUUUUUCUGUUGUUUUUUUAUUCAGGUUAUACACUCUGAAACUUGUUACUUGGCAUUAAUAUGAAUAAUUCCACUUUUUUCUAUUAUUUUAUUCGAACUGUAAUAACGUAUAAACAUUUUCAACGGUCACCACAACUUUUUUAUUACGCUUUAUUCAAAACCAAGAGACAAGUGCUUGAUUUAAACGCUCUGCGAUGCUUCUCUCUUACUUAUCAUUUGUAAUACUGGAUGCUGUUCUAUGUGCCCUGAAAUGUAUUUUUUUACUAAUAGAUGAUUUAUUACGGCACAUCGUUUUCUUUUUAGAUAACACAGCUUCAGAUAAAUAUUAGAUCUUCCCGUGUGGACUUCCCCCCUCCUUUUCAACAAACUUUUCAACACAACAACAAGUAUACCACUAUAUUAAUAAAUAAAAUCAUUUUUAAAAUAAA